UCAUCAUCACUAACGUGCUCGAGACACGGAUGGCUCGAAGUCCGCCGUCGUAUCGUUGAUCGAGGCAUCGCUUCUGGCCAGAGUAUUCCUGCCCUUUCUGCUCGCAUAGCAGCGCCCCGUCCUGUUUGAGAUUAUUCUGCCACCCCUCAAGCUAGAACACCGGUCCACCUCAGCGUACAGCCAUGCGUGGAUUUGGUUCGACGCCCCUUUCUCUGGGGACGACGACCGCACCCUCGCGCACCGGCGGCAUCGCCGCGAACUUGCUGGCUGCGCGGGGCCCGCUUUCCGCGGCUCAGGCGCGCACCCAGCUUCACCAGAUGCGCAAGAAGUGGCGCAAGGAAGGCUACUCGGUCGUCGGCACCAUGUCCUUCGCCGUGCUCAUCGUGGCCUUCGUACUGCUGCUGGUCAUGAUCACCCGGAUGUUCCGGAGCAGGCGAGUCGGUCAGGCCGGCUGUAACAACGCCGUCUGCAAGCGCUACUCCGCAGCCAUGGCCUUCAGUCGCCAGGAGCACGCGGACCCGUGCUACAGCUUCUACCGGUACGUGUGCGGCAAGUGGGGCACACGGCGGUUUGACAGCGUGCGCGAUAUCCUGCUGGAUACCUUUAGGGCAACCGUGACCAAGAUAGCGGAUAACACGCAAGCGCCGGCUCAGUUCCAGAACCCGAGCCAGCGUGCCGCCAGAGCAUACACCAGCUGCACCCGUGUCUUACACAAGAAUGACAGAGAGGUGGGGGAGCUGAAGGCCAUUUUGUACAACGCGGACCUCCGCUGGCCUCAACGAGCGUCGACGGGAAAUGUGCUCUCGCCUUUCUUCUACCUGUGCAAAGACUGGUCGCUGCUCUUCAUCUUUGGCUUUACUAAGGACCACGGUGGCGGCUACACUCUCUCCCCCACGGGCCAGUUCGAGAAACUGCUGGAAGUUUGGGAGCAAGCACUGUACAACUCGAGACACGCCAGGCUCUUCAACAUUCUUUACCAGGACCACGUAACCGACGAAUCUACCGCCAUCACGUACGCCGAAAUGGCCAUUUUCGAGAACAAAACGAUCGCAGCUCUGCGCAAGGUGAAGAACACAUACGACUCGCGUAAUUUAACAUCGCGCAAUAUAUUGAAUCUGGCGCCACAUCUCGCGCGCGACCUCUGGAAGGACGCGUUGAAGACUCGGCUGGGCAUCACUCCUAGCGCUAGAGUUCCCAUCCGGGUGCGACAGGCUAGCUUUGUGAGCACCUUCUUGGGCAUGACCUCGGACGGCGGUGCGAACCUAAUGCUAUACAUGGGCUGGGUGGUCGCGGUGCUGUUUUCUAUCUACACAGAUAAACAAAUAAUGACCGAUUUUUUGUACGGAACGCACGACGUCGCCGUGACUAAACACAAGGAGCUCUGCUUCCAUAUGGUCCAGAAGACGAUGGGCUUCGCCCUCAACGCUAACUACACGCAUCUUGUCGUGCCGCCUCAGGUGCGCGCCGAUGUGUCCAACAUGGUCAGCAAUCUGAACAGCGCAUUUAGCCAGCUGCUAUCGGGCGCAGACAGCAUUUUCCCGUCGGACCUCCAGCUGAUGGGUUACGCGAACAGCACAGGGGCAGUAUUCGAGUACGUGGACCGCUCGAGCAACGUGUACCUCACGCGUGCGUUCAGCGCCUUCACGGACAUGUCGCCGCUGCUUUCCAAGACGUGGGAGGCCAUCAACAAGGGCUUCUCCGCCGUACUGCCGUCCGACGUGAGUCCGUGGCCGCUUCGCGCCGUCAUCGAUAAGCGCACGAACCGCAAGAUGACGCUGCUCUCGAGGUUGGAUGUGGCGGGCGGCUACUUUUCGCUCAUGCCGUACGCGUUCGCCUACCCCGUGUACGAGCUGGAGGCGCCGGUGAGUAUUCGCUACGGCGCCCUUGGUUCGGAGGUGGCCUCGUCUAUGGCGGCGCUGCUGUUCGCCAACGUCAGCGCUUGGAGCACCGCCGCGUGGAACACCGCCACUUGGAACGCCACCGCUUCGAACGACACCGCCUGGAACGUCACCCGCAAGGAUGAAGCGAUGGACGAGAUCACGUGCUUCUUCCGCAAGCGUUUCGACAGCUGGGACAGCGUCACCGCAGUUGAAUGGUCCAUCAUUUACAGGCUGGCCUCAGUGGCCGCCCUGUGGGAAGCGUACCGCCGCGCCAAGAAUAAUACAGACGAGUACCUGUCGGGACAGAAGCACAUGCGCUCAGACCAGUUGUUUUUCUUCUUCUGGUGCUACCUUCAGUGCGGCGAGCCUGCCGGCGAAAGCUCCUGCAACGGGCCGCUGAAGCAUUUUCCAGCUUUUGCCCGCACCUUUAAAUGCAACAAAGGCGCGCCCAUGGCGUUGGAGUGGCGCUGCGGCUUCUUUCACUGAGCCCCCGUCACCACCCUCUGACGCCAAGACCUGAAUUGGAUUGUCUGCGUCACUGCUUUCUUACAAUUUCGUUUACUUAUGUAUAAAUAGAGGCCACGCGUUGGGGCUCGAAAAAAUAAACGAAAUAAAAAUUACAUACAUCAUCAAGGCCAAGAGACCGUACUCGCAACAUUACACUCACGUAAGCACUGUCCACAAAUGGCCAUAUAUCCAUACAGCGAUCGUCUAGUUAUAUCUAUAGUGAGUAGCGGGCAGUCGAACGAUGGCCAGUCGGGAAAUGCUCUUACGUACAAAAACUAUACUGCUGUUAGUGCGGGCCCACGUGAGACAACAGAAUAGUAAAACGUGGGCCAACAUAACCUUCGCCAAAAUAAAAGUAUAUCUCUACAGAAAUUUAAAAGCUCUACCAGCAGGAGAACAAAAAGAAGUAAGUCAUCUAGGAAAAGGUUGUUUAUAAUGAGUCUAAAAAUGAUGGCUUGAUGCCAAUUUGGGAAAUUAGGGGUAGAGAGGUUGGCUCAGAUUGGAAAUUUUACACGCGCGACGCUCCACAGGGAGUUCGAAGGAGCUUGACAAUUUUUUUCCGCGCGUGAGCGUACCACCAUAGAGGAAAAAUUUUGGUAGCGCGCCAAAUUUAACAGCUUGCAAGUGUUUAAAAUCGCCCUGCUGUUGAGCGACAGCAUUGCCCCUCAACUCGUAUUGGUUCCGCCU